AUGGCCCUGAUCCGCGCUGCAAGUCUUCGCGCCGCCAGGUCGGCGUCGAAGCCGAACUAUCUGAUUUUCGGGACGGCCUUCGACUUUGAAGCCCUCGCCAUCCCCUUGUGCACCGCGGGCGGACCUCUUCCUGGCAGGCACUGCAGCGUCCUGCUUGUUGUGCGCCAUGGCGACCUGCUUUUGCCCGACAAGGAGCAGAUCGGGACCUUCUACUGCCACCUCGACCCUAAGACCUCCUCCAAGCUGCACGAGGAGGAGGCGGCCAACGUUUUGAGGUUUUUCGGCGAAGCUGUGAAGUCGGAGUUAAACCGUGAGGGAAGGAAAUGGACGGCUAAGGCUCCUUCCGCCGAAGUCCUCUCCGCACGUCUGGAGAGUCUUGCCGCCCCCAUCCGUGAUAAAUUGCCCGACAUCCUCUGGCAGGAGGUCGCCGGCAUGGGGUUGCUGGCGGUCAACUCGUUCGCGUGGUCGUUGGACCAUCUGGACGACGUGCAUCGCAGCUACGAUCCGCUCAUCGUCGAGAACCCAAAGCUGGUCGGCGUGAAGGCGCUCCGACUGGAGCUGGUGCACCACAUGGAGAAGGCCGCGCUGAACACAUGGGAGGCGGCGUCAACCGUGGGUCGUGGCGUCGGAACCGGCAUCGCUCUGGGUGGGGAGGCCGAGGAGGCUGCGGCGGGGUCGCACUCUGGCGGGCACGGACCCAUAGAUGGCGGCAAGGAGGAGCACGAGAGGGAGGACAAGGAGGGGGGCGGGGAGCAGGACGGUGGCUCGGACGAGGAGGAGGAGGACGAGGAGCGUGAGGACGACGAUGUGAUGGUCCUCGGCGAAGAGGAGGCAGUACAGUUCGCCGGUGAGAAGGUUGCGGAUAAGAGCGGUGGCAGCGGACCCAAGACGGGCAAGAAGGCGCGGGGCAGCGGUGGAUCGACCACGACUAAGAUGGCGUCUAAGGCGGCCAUUGACCGUCUGAAGGCGGUGGAGAGGGAGAACAAGAAGCUGAGGGAGGAGAAGCUGGUGGCGGAGAAGAAGCUGGAGUUCCAGACGGCCCGGAUGGACACGCUAUUCGGCGUGGUCACCUCGGCCCUGAACAAGCUCACGACGGUCGCCGACCGCGUGACCUCUCACGAGCCUCCAAAAGGCGGUGGACGCUAUGAGGGUGGUCGUGCAGGAGGCGAUGCUCUGGGCGAGAAGAUCAAAACCGUCGUGUCUGCUGAGGUGAAGGCCGCCAUGGAGAGCGAGGCGCAGGGGAUCGCCGCUGCCGUGACUGCGAAAGACGUCCAAGAGCUUAGGGACGACCUGGUGAAGGCGGUCGACAACGUGCUCCAGGAUCCAUCUUCGGUGGUCGGGAAGACCGGUGGGCAGCCCAUGGGGGACCAGCAGGCACAGGCAUCGACCGAUCUGCCGAGCGCACACGACGCGCCACCGAACGGCGACCAGGCGAAUCUGGCCGACGAUUUCCUGGGAGGGUCAUCCGUGGUCGGGAAGCAGGGCCGGCAGCCAUUGGCGGACCAGCAUCCACACCCUGAGGCCAGUCCGGCGACUGCACAAGGCGCUCGACCGAGCGGCGGCACGGCACAGAUGGCCGACGAGCUCCUGCACCUCGCAAAGGUGGUCGGCCAGCCGCGCGGGGAGCCCGUUGCGGGCCAGCAUGUUCAACCCUCGACAACUACGGCAACUGCGCGACCGACCGGCGUCACAGCGCAGCUGGCCGACGACCUCCUGCGCCCCGCAACGGUGGUCGGCCAGCAGGGCGGGCAGCCCGGUGCGGGCCAGCAUCUUCACCCAUCGACGAGCACGGCGACUGCACAAGCCGCGCGACCGGGUGGCGUCACGGCGUUCCUGGUCGAUGAGCUCUUGCGCCCAGCAGCAGUGGCCGGACAGCAUGUUGAGCAGGCCGGGGCGGGCCAGCAUCCCCACACCGCGACGAGUCCGGCGACUGCACAAGACGCGCGACCGGGUGGCGUCACGGCGUUCCUGGUCGACAAGCUCUUGCGCCCAGCAGCGCUGGUCGGACAGCAUGUCGAGCAGGCCGGGGCGGGCCAGCAUCCCCAUACCGCGACAGCGGGUUCGGCAGCGACACGGUCCCCUGGGCAGUACCCGCUUUGGUCGGCGCUGCUGCCGUCGCCGACACAAUCACCGAUGUGGCAGCCUUGA